AUGGCCGAGCCGGGACCAAAUCUUCCCCAGACGGACGAGGAGGCAGGGGUUGCUGCUGUUAGCACGUCAACCGAAGAGGAGGCUGUAAAGGAGGAACCAGACCCCUCCCGGAUUGAGGUGGUGUCAGUGACUGACGAGGAUCUACCGGCUGUCGAGACUCCAAACACAAUUAAUGUUAGCCCUCUCGCCAGUCCUGAUGGGACGCUGCCCCUAGAAGGCACAGCCGCUGACCCCGAGAACCCUCCUCUUGACGCCGAAUCCCAGAAUCCUCCAACAGACCCCCCCGCCCCUGCACCACCCAGCCCAGGCAUGCCCGUUACCAAGGUGCAGCCUUUCCUAAAUGAUGACCUGGCGGAGAAGACGCUGCGCGGCCGCAUUCUCGCUCGCCGGAUGGAGCUCCUCGUCGGCGCGUGCGUGCUGGUCGUGCUCUGCCUCGCUAUUGGUAUAGGAGUUGGAGUGGGCCUCAGCUGCUCAGGGAAGUUCCGCUGUGGGUCAUCGUCCCGCUGCAUCAGCAGCUCUGCGCAGUGCGACGGCGUCAUCGACUGCGAGCACGGGGAGGACGAGCUGCGCUGUGUGCGCCUGAGCGGUAAGAGCUCAGUGCUCCAGGUGCUGAUCGGUGGGGUGUGGAGGACUGUCUGUUCUGAGGACGGGAGCCCCACCCUGGGCCUCUCUGCCUGCAAGCAGCUGGGCUACUCCAGUUAUGUGGAAUCCAGUUCCCUCCCCCUUUCCUCCAUUGAAGAGGACUUCCAGGACCACCUGGUGUCAAUCAACCUGAGUCAGCCUGCCUCCCAACAGCCUGUCAAGAUCCACAACUCCACCAACGUCAGUAGGAAUCAGUGCAAUUCGGGGAAAGUGACUUCUCUCAAGUGCGUGGAGUGCGGCUCCAGGCCUCAGUUCCGCACGCGCAUUGUGGGGGGAAACCUGUCGAGGGAGGGGCAGUUCCCCUGGCAGGUCAGUCUGCACUUCCAGAGAGAGCACUUGUGUGGAGGGUCCAUUGUAGCCCGGCGCUGGAUCCUGACUGCUGCCCACUGCGUGUAUGGGUUUGCAUCCCCAUCGUUGUGGGCGGUGCAUGUAGGAUUGAUAGAGCAGCCGGUAAAUGGAGCCAGUUCUCUCGCUGUGGAGAAGAUCUUCUACCAUGCCCGCUACAGGCCCAAGGCCCUUGACUAUGACAUAGCCCUCAUGAAGCUGGCCAAGCCACUCAACUUCAAUGGGUACGUGCAGCCCAUCUGUCUCCCUAACUUCGGGGAGCAGUUUGAGGAUGGGAAGAUGUGUUGGAUCUCUGGAUGGGGGGCUACGAUGGAUGGGGGUGAAGCCACCGUGUCCCUCCUCUCCGCCCGCGUCCCGCUGCUCUCCACCCAGGCCUGCAGCCAGCCGGGCGUGUACCAGGGCUUCAUCACGCCCUGGAUGAUCUGCGCUGGCUACCUGGAGGGUGGCACAGACUCCUGCCAGGGGGACAGCGGGGGGCCUUUGGCCUGUGAGGACUCAUCGGUGUGGAAGCUGGUGGGGGCCACAAGCUGGGGUCAGGGCUGUGCGGAGAGGAACAAGCCGGGAGUCUACACACGCAUCACCCAGUCUCUGGACUGGAUCCACGAACAAAUGGAGAGAGAAGAGACACAGAACCCCUCCACAGUCAGCACAGACAGCUGAACAAACCUGUACAUAUAUUUAUUUUUUUACUGAACUUUUUUCUUUUAUGUAUUUAACCGUGUCAUUUUAUCAUGAUUGCAUUUGUAAAUACACAUUGU